AGUUGAUAACGUUGAUAAGUUUUACUGCCGGUUGAUAAAUGUGAAAUCGCAAAGUAAUACGAUUUUGAAUUUUUAAACGCUAUUAUGUUUAGUUGCAUUGUUUUGUUGAAAAGAUCUGUAAGUGUAACCAUUUAUCAAUACCGAAGACUAAAAUAAUGUACUUUGUUUUUUUUUUUUUUUUUUUACAUAGUAUGGGACUAAAUUGAAAUUAACAACCGUGUUUAAUGAAAAUGUACGACAAAUGUUGUUGCGCGAGGAAAUCAAACCCAGAAAACAUCCUGGAAGAUUUAAUAUUCCCAUUGAACCAUUGCCCGACGACUUGAUUAAUUCGAUAAUAAUAUCCCUAAAAGGUAACAAUUCCAUACAUUUUGUCUUCCAUAACUGCGAUUUAAAUAAAUUGCGGUUAAAUUAUGUUGUUCAGAUGUGCAAUUAAAAUCUGUGAUGACCAAUGCACCACUAUUAGUCAAUUACAUGCACAGUAGACAUGGUCCUGUUGAAGAAAGUGAAAUAAGAGAAAAAACGAAACAGCAUACAGUAGAAUUGGAUAAACAAUGUAUGUAUAAUGUAUAUGUAAUAAACUAUUUGGUAUUGUUAACCUAACCUACUAGUAGGUAGGUGAUAUAUUAUACAAAUAAGAUAACUUAGUAAGGAAUUGGAAUUUUGUAAGUUUAAGAGAUAUUUAAUUAAGUUCUAAUACAAUUGAUUAUUAAUAAUCACUUUGACAUUAUAGUUUAUAAAGAAAAUAUGAGUCCAGAACAACAAGUGGAGUUUGAAAAGUUUAUACAAAAUCGUGUAGAAAAAUUAAUAGCUCAAAGGACUUACAAUUGGAAACCAAUUAACUUCAACAAUGAACAUGUGUGCCAUCAAUACUUACUAGCUCGCAUUGCUCCAGAAUAUAAUGUUUUAAAAGUUAUAUUCAACGAAAUUCAAAAGAGAGAUCCAAAUUUUGCACCAGAGUCUUUGUUCGAUUUUGGUUCUGGUGUUGGCACAGUAACCAUGUAAACUUUUCAAUAUGUUUAUAUUAUAAUCAGAAAUAAUGUUAAUAAGGCAUAGGUUUAAUUCAUAACUUGUUUUCAGGAAUGCUCAAAAUUUCUGGGGAGAAUCAUUAAAAGAGUAUUAUUGUGUUGACACUUCACAAACUAUGAAUGAUCUAGCUAAACUUAUAUUACAAAACGGGAAUCCAAAUAAUGAAAAGAUUUUACCCAAAGGUCUAUUUUACAGACAAUUUUUACCAGCAUCACCAAAUGUACUUAUUUAAUAUUAUAGGUAAUCAUAAAACUAAUUUGUAAUUAAUAUUUAUUCAUCUGUUAUUCCUAGAUGAAAUUUGAUCUGGUUGUGUCUGCAUAUUCAUUAUUUGAACUGCCAAAUAUUAAAAGUCGCUUUGAAACCUUAUUAAACUUGUGGAACAAAACAAAAAAAUAUAUUGUGCUAGUUGAAAUGGGUACAAGAGCUGGAUACAAUUUAAUAAACGAAGCUAGAGAUCUUAUAUUGGAAAUAUCUUCUCAUAAUAAUAUAAGAAGUCAUGUGUUUUCUCCGGUAAUUUUCAAAAACUGCUUUUAAUAAAUUAAUUAAAAUUUAACAUAUUUUGAUUUAAUAUAGUGCUCUCACGAACAUCCUUGUCCACGUUAUCAUGCUGAUGAUACACCUUGUAAUUUUGAAGUACAAUAUUUCACACCAAAAAUAGGUCAACAAACUGUAAUCAAACAAGAACUAUUCUCAUACCUAGUCAUUAAGAAAGGUAAGACAAUUUUAUUUUGCACUUCAAAUCCAUCAAUUAUCUUUUAUUUUUGAAACAUUAUAGGAAAAAGAACAGAAUCAGAUGAACAAUGGCCUCGAAUAGUAAGGCCUGUUUUAGUACGAUCAAAACAUUCUAUUUGUCGAAUGUGCACAAGUAGUGGUAAACUACAAGAAAUAAUUUUUACCGCUUCCAAACACGGAAAGUAUGUAUUUCAAAUUAAUAAACAUAAUUGUUAUUUUUAAAUAAUAUUUAUUGUUUCUUAUAUUAUAUUUCCACCUUGUAUAAAUAAGUGUUCUUUAGUAUCAAAUUGAUUUUUUACGUUACAGACUUCCAUAUUGGUGUGCACGAUCAAGUAAAUGGGGUGACAGAUUACCAAUAGUGAUUAAUGAAAAAAAAGAAGAAUCAGAAUAACAUUAAUUUUAUUGUACAAAAUAAUUAUUUCAUUAUAUAAACAUCUAAUUUCAAGCGACCUAAGCAUAUUAUUGUUUUAACACAGCAAGUGCUGCUUCCUUGUACUUAUUCAAAGUAUAUACAUCUUCGCCUAAAAGUGAAAUAUUUGAUUCAAUUAAAAAUUAUACAUAUAUUAAAAUAAAUAUUUUACCAUUGUUCAAUAAUUCAGUAACAGCAUCCUUGUAUUUUUGUCCCACAGAAUCGUUGGCAAUACAAUGUGACUUUACAUCUUCAUCAGUAAUUUUAUUUGGCCACCGCACAAAUGUAACAUACGCUUUUUUGGAAGGAUUGUUUUCCCAGAUAUAAUGUUCCAUGUCAGCUUCUUGUUUUUCUCGUUCCCAUUCUUCAAAGGUCUAUAAAACAAAUUAAUUUUAAAACAUUAAUCAUCUAACAUAAUACCAAAUGUUUUUUCCACAUACAUUAGAUUCGUGAUAUAAAGCUGUAAGAACAUAAAGUCCAUAAUCAUAAUUUUGUUUUCUUAAUGGGCAUCGAUCUGUAACAAUAGUCAAUAUAUCGGAUUCCUCAUCAUAUCUAUCCCCGACCAGUCUUAUCAUUUUAUCUCUUGCAUGUUUAUCCAGAUUUAAUACGCUCAAUUUAAUCUAAUUGAUAAUGAAAAAUCAAUUAUGUUACAUUAACAUCAAUAAUGAAUUUAAUAAAAAUAAUUACUUUGAGUGUAACUAUUCUGGCCUUUGGGUCUUUAAUAGUCGGUGAAGAAUGGCAAUAAUCUGUAGUAAUAACAGUUAGUGGAAAAUGUUUAUCGCAAUCAUCAUCAGUUUCUAAACCCUCAGGCCAUGCAGUACAAAAUUUUUUUAAGACACUGCAAUGUUUUUUUAUGGCUGGCGGAGUAAGAUGCAGAAAAUUUGGAAUCUUCAUCAAUUCAGCAUUUCCAUAUUUCCCAGGCGAAGCUCUUUUCUGGUCAUAACCUUGCCGUAAUGCUAAAGGCACAGAAGCUGGAUGAAAUGUCCUUUGGCCUGGCCAUACAUUUGUCCAAUCUUGAUCAACGGGCAUACUCAUUGCUCUAGAAUUA